AUGCUUUCAAACACUAUUGCUCGCCCUAAACGCGCCGCCGACGACUACGCGCGUCAGCAUCACAACGAAUACGACCCCGACGGCCCGUCGUCCACCAAAAAGGCUCGCUUCGAUCUCCGCAAUCCGUCUACACUAGUCCCUGAUGCGACCGAAGAAGAUGCCGUCCUCGAUGCAGAUGAAAUCGGACGACGCGGUCAGAGAAUAAAGCGCAAUGCAGUAAACAUCGAUGGUUACGACUCAGACAGUGAAAACGAAAACUUUGACGCGCGCGCAGAGGCUAGAGUUAAGUCCAGCAAUGCAGAAAACGAUGUGGACGAGGACGACAUGUUUGCAGAAGUUGAGGAGGAGAUGGGAGUUCCAGAGGAUGAUCUGGGAAAAGCGAAAAAGCAGGUCAGGUUUCUGAAUGAUGAUGAAAUAGAGGGACAGGUAAACAAUUCUCGAAGCGGUGUUAAGGUCAGGCUGGACAACAUAGACCCGAAGGGCAAAGGCAAAGGAAAAGCUGUGGAGGAGGAUUCGAGCGAGAGCGAUACCGACGAGGAAGGCCGGGCAGAUCUUGGAGGCGUUGAUAAAGAGCUGGGUGCUGGCGGGAAAAAGACUCAUGCGCCACUUCUUGAUGCAUUUAAUAUGAGAUCAGAGCAGGAAGAGGGGCGUUUUGAUGAAGCCGGAAACUAUAUUCGAAAAGCCGCCGAUCCAGAUGCAAUUCACGAUAGCUGGUUGGAAGGACUAUCGAAAAAGGACAUGAAGAAAGCCAAAGCGGCGGCGGAGAAACGAGAAGAAGAACGUCGACAGAAAUCUAUCGCCGAUGCCAGCAUCCUAACUGGCGAUGUUCUAAAGACAUUGAUCGCCAACCUACAUCGAGGAGAAACAAUUCUGGAUGCCCUGGCCCGAUUAGGCAAAGGACAGAAACGUCGCCCCAAGUGGCAGAACAAACAAAAAAAUAAGCACAAGAAAGCUAACGGCGCCGCAGAAGACGUGGAAAUGACGGAGGAAAACCCUGCAGACGCAGCUCGCAAACGUGCCAUCGAAGAAAUCACAGGUGCCGCAGAUAUCCUUCUCAGCCGUGGACAAACAGAAAUAUAUGAUACAGAGCGAGAAAUGCUUACGAGACAAUAUCGGAGGGAGACCGGCGAAGGGUGGGUUGAUCCGCCAAGGACAGAAUCAGCAGAGCCAGAAGACAACGAGAAUGCGAUGUGGGAAUUCCGCUGGUCGGAUGCUCGCGAUGGCGGCGCAACGCACGGUCCAUAUGAAAAGACAACGAUGGAGUCUUGGAAUAAUGCCGGAUAUUUUGGAGACGGUGGCGUUGAGUUCCGCAAAGUCGGUUGUACAACCUGGAACAGCGCUGCUGUUUUCUCUCAAUGA